GCCGCGUUUCACCAUUGAAAAAGAAACAAACUGCGGUAGUUUAAUUUCUCCGUGAAAAUUCAACGUUUUCAAGUGCAAAAUGAACCCAAACAUGAACAUGAUGCCCAUGUCGGGUCCGCAAAUGAUGCAGGUGAUGCAGUCGUCACCGUCAGGCCCACCAGGACCUGUGCCCGUGCAACACCAGCAGCAACAGCAGCCGCAACCGCUGCAGCAGCAGCAGCAGGCGGAAAAACUAGACAACAUAUCCAGGGUAAAGAGUUUGCUGGGACCCCUGAGGGAAUCGAUGUUCCUGACUAUCAGAUCAAGUGCCUUCACACUGCAGCAAAACAAUCUGGCGGAUAACUUGAAAAGGGACACGGGGGCUCAUCAUGUUCCUCGAUUUGACAAGCACUUGGAAGAUUUCUACGCCUGCUGCGACCAAAUCGAGAUCCAUUUGAAGACGGCCAUGCAGUGCCUGCAGCAGCAAAAUUCCUCGAAUCACUAUCUCCCCGGUCCGGUGACCCCAAUGCGCAUGGAAACCUUCAUGCCGGACAACGCUGGACCCAUUCCGUAUCCCACCUACUUGAACACCGUUCGAGUUCACGUCCAAUCGGCGAAGGAUAUCCACGAUACUCUUAUUAGCGCCGCGCAAAACAUUUCUCAGGCUGAUUGAUAGUUGUAGUCGAUUAGGUUUUAUUAUUUACAAAGUCUAGGUUUAAGGUUAAAGUGUAUUAAUAAAGUAGUACUGAUUUUUAAA